CCGCGGCUCGUCUGUUUGCAGCAGCGGGGUGGGAGUAACCAAACUCAGUGCAAAGAGAAUAAACUAUCAGCAAAACGAACAGCAACAGAUUCUGUGCGGAACAACUUAAAUACUGUUUUUCACUCAAUCCGUGGAGUUGAAGACGAACCUGCUGCUUUUCAACCGACAGUGAGUGAUUGAUUGAACGGCAAGCAACGCGACGUUUGUUCACAAGUAGAGAGACCUGGUCGCGUGUGGGUUGCCAGAUAAGCUACACGAGGACUCUGCCAUUGCUUCCAUUCAUUUUCCAUCAAACAUUAGCGUUAAGUUUGAUGCUGCACCUCUGACACUCGCUCCCAACCGUUUUGACACCUGUGUUCCGGACGUUAAGACCAUUACCGAGGAAUAAACAGAGAACGGCGAUGCUCUGUGCAUGAGCAGAGGAACCAGCUGCGAAAGAAAAUGAGCAAAAAAUAUGAUUCAGCAAACGUGUCCGAGGUGGAGGAACACAUUUCUCUGAAGUAUGAAAUCAAGAAGAGACUUGGAAAAGGGGCUUAUGGCAUUGUGUGGAAAGCAGUUGACAGACAGACAGGCGAGAUUGUGGCUGUGAAGAAGAUCUUUGAUGCCUUCAGGAACAGGACCGAUGCCCAGCGGACAUUCAGGGAAAUCAUGUUCCUCCAGGAGUUUGGAGAUCAUCCCAACAUUGUCAAACUUCUAAAUGUCAUCAGAGCACAAAAUGAUAAAGACAUUUAUCUCGUCUUUGAAUAUAUGGAUACUGAUCUGCAUGCAGUGAUAAAGAAAGGAACCCUGCUGAAGGACAUCCACAAACGUUAUGUGAUGUACCAGCUCCUCAAAGCCAUCAAGUACCUUCAUUCAGGAAAUGUUAUCCACAGGGACCAAAAGCCGUCCAACGUGCUGCUUGACACUGACUGUGUAGUCAAGCUGUGUGAUUUCGGCUUGGCCAGAUCACUCAACCAGAUCCAAGAGGACAGUGGGAAUCCAGCGCUGACAGAGUACGUGGCAACGCGGUGGUACAGAGCUCCCGAGAUCCUGCUGGGAUCCACAAGGUACACUAAAGGUGUGGACAUGUGGAGCCUCGGCUGUAUCCUGGGAGAGAUGCUGCUGGGAAAAGCCCUGUUCCCUGGGACCUCCACCAUCAACCAAAUAGAGAAGAUCAUGAGUGCCAUAACACACCCCAGCCCAGAAGAUGUUCUCGCAAUCAAGUCUGAAUAUGGAUCCUCUGUCAUUCAGAGGAUGUUAUUGAAACCACAAGUGCCUUUGGAGGAUCUUCUCCAGCCGUCUGUGCCUCCUGACGCUCUGGACCUGCUGAGAGGUUUGCUGGUUUUCAACCCAGACAAGCGGCUGACUGCUGAGCAAGGCCUCCAACACCCAUACGUAGCCAGGUUUCAUAGUCCAGCCAAGGAGCCAGCUCUUAACUAUGAUGUAGUGCUGCCAGUGGACGAUGAUGUACAAUUAUCUGUGGUUCAGUACCGAAACAAACUUUAUGAGAUGAUGCUGGAGAGGAGGACUAAUCAGGGCAUGCUAAGGCUGAUCCAGCCAAAGGACAGAGGCUGUGUCAGUAGUGGGGAGAAGCCCAGUGUGAAGGAGAAAGUGGAAAACGGCCCAGUGGCAGCCAAUUGCAGUGGGCAUGAAGAGCAUGAGGGGAAAACACAGCAUGAAAAGACUGAUGGGGCAAACUAUGUGCCCUCACAUACAGGCGUGACCAAACCUGGGCCUGUGAAUGUGUCAGCCCCGCUUGCUCUGGAGACUCCGAGUCCAUUAGCUAGCCACGGCUUGGGAAAACUCACAUAUAACCCCAUCACACAUGCCCCAAAUGGUUUUGUUCGGAGUCCAGGUGGUCCUCCCCAUUACUACCACUGCACCGCAGCCAGCAGGAGACUAGUGGAGCAGACCAGUAACGGGGAUGCAGCAUCAUCACCAACAGAGGGCACCAACACUAACGUAACCAUGGACCAGAUUCUCCAGCGUGGUUGCUCAGCCCCUGUUAUCCACAACCGUUCCUUCUCCCUAACCUUAAAUCAAACACAGAACAACCCAUUGGUUCGUAAAAAUGAGCCAUGCCUGCCUGCUGAGCUACAGGUCACAUCUGCACGCCUGAACCAGCGUUCAAAUGCUCAGGCUCGGCCACCGCCACGGUUCAGCAAGAAAGUAUUUCAGAAUAACUGCAAUGUAGCGGCUGCAGGCGACCCUCGAGCCAAACUGGGCAGCUAUUCCCAGGCCUACGGUACCAUCAGCAAGACUGACCUGGACAAUCUGCUUCGAAGCCGCCCUUACAACUAGUAGCUGCUGUCAUAUCAGUGCUUACAUAGGGGCUGGAUGACGCGUCUGUUUGAGCACACAAAGUUUGCCUUGUUGCAGGAUGUUAGACACAUGAAAAAGAAGAAACUUUUAGAUUAAAUACCUCUUCUAGAUUGCACCUAUUGUCUGUGACAAUUGAUACAUAUUUGUAAAAAAUACAGUGCAACUUAAUUUUACAUUUUUAAAAUUGGACCAGCAAUUCAUGAGAAUAUGGAUGUGUGUAGUUUCUUUAACAAGCUUCAAUUAAUAGCAUUUCUCUCAAAGCUGGAUUACCCACCAGGUAGAGAGGGCAAGUGUCUGUGGGCCCUGGAGGCCCAAGUUAGAUGUGUCAAUAGUUUUGUGCAAAUUUGAAAUUUUAUUUGGGAAUAUGUACAACUUUUGCGCAUUAUCGGCUGAUAUAUUGAGUUGUCUACCUUUGUAUCUGUAGAGAGACUGCCUGUUAACAUUCACAUGCUAAAUACUCCUGAAUACAUUUGUGUACAGGGGGUCAAUAGGGGCCUACAAAUACUUUUUGCCAGCCAUGAUUUUUCAAGUUGAUCUAUGUAGCUAAUGACCUCUAGGCCUAAUGGUUUAUAUACAUUAGGCCAGUCGGGUUCAGAAUAACUGUAAAAUAUGCAGCUGAGUUUGAAUUGAUUAUAUGCAAUAAGGAAUUAUUUUUCAUGUGAAUACAGCAACAAUAAGCCUCCCUGUUCUUCUACUGUGUACAGAAAGAAAAUGAUUACUGUUUCUUGAACCCAGUUUAUAAUGUUUGACAGACAUGGAUGACUGAUGCAGCAAACCAGCAUAAAGUUUAAUAAUAAGCAGGUGGAAAUACUCACAUCCUUUGCCUGUGUGAAAGUGCAAAU